CCCCCGGACCGGGAGCGGGACCCCCGAUUGUGGCCUUGGGGAGCCCUCCUGGCACAGCCGGUCAGGAGGUGCCAGCUCCUGGAGCAGCCCCGCGGCCUCGGUGGUGCAGUUCCGGGCACCGGCCCUGAGGCACAGCCCCUCGGGUAUCCCACCCCGGGCACCCCAUCCCCGAGAGCCCCGAUCCCACGGCACCCUGUCCCGUCAGACCCCCGGGUACCCCGCUCCCAGGGUGCCCAAUCCUCCUAAUUCCCCUGGGACACCUCACCCUUAGUGUACGCCCCCUCUGGAGUACUCUACCCCCCAGACACCCCAUCCCCUGGGGUGCCCCGUUGCCAGGCACGCCAUUCCAUCCCAUCCGUAUUGCCCAAACCCAAAGCAUCCCAUUCCCUGGGACACCACCCCCAGGACACCCCACCACCUCGGUCACCCUGUCCCCAGUGCCCCCAGCCCCUGCCCCGGGCAGCAGCCAGGGCUCCGAUGUCCCUGGCACCCAGUGAAGUCCCUCCAUCCCGGGGCUUGGCAGGAUGAAAGCCAAGGACAUCUCCAUCCCCAUCCCUGCACUAGCCACGGAGCGGCGAGCAUCGCCCCAGCGCCUCAGGGAGCAUUUGGAAGAGAAGCAGCUGCUGGACAGGCGCUACCAGCUGCAGCAGGUGCCAGGGGGCUGCGUGGCCCUGCCCGUGCUGGAGGAGAAGCUUUCCCAGCUGUGCCUUCCCCCGGAGAUGCCCUGUGAGCUGGUCUGGAUCCAGGACCCUGUCCCCUCCAGGGCAUCCCGGCGACGGGCGCCUGCCCAGAAGCUGCGGGAUGAGCUGCGGCAGCUGCUGGAUGGGAGCUGGUCGGAGGAGCUGGAGCAGGAUGUGCCCCAUGCCUGGCAGCGGCACGGGGACCUGGUGCUGCUGAGUGAGGACAGCUUCAGGGCUGCACCGUGGGAGAGCCUGGGUCCAGUGCUCUGGGAGACGGUGGCGUCGGCUUUGGGUGCCCGGCGGAUAGCCAGGCGAGGACGGGUGUUGCCAGACGGGAUGCGGACCCCCAGUGUGACCCUGCUGCUGGGCCAGGACGGCUGGGUGGAGCACGUGGACAAUGGGAUCAGGUACACCUUUGACGUGACCAAAUGCAUGUUCUCACCGGGAAACAUCACGGAGAAGCUGCGGGUGGCCUCACUGCCCUGCUCCGGGGAGGUCCUGGUGGAUCUUUAUGCAGGCAUCGGCUAUUUCACGCUGCCAUUCCUUGUUCAUGCGGGAGCCGCCUUUGUCCAUGCCUGUGAGUGGAAUGUCCAUGCUGUGGAGGCUCUGCGCCGGGCCCUGGCACUGAACGGGGUGCAGGAUCGGUGCCACAUCCACCACGGGGACAGCCGGCAGGUGAGCACUGCUGCCCGGCCGCGGGCNUGCCGUGUCCUCAAGAAGGACACGGGUGGGGUUCUCCACAUCCACCACAACGUGGAGACUCCCCCUGCACCGACCCCGGUCCUGCCAGCUGAGUGGGGGUCUCCAGAGGCACAGCACCCAAUGGAGGACACUGGGAACAAGACAGUGGGGGCCAGGAUCAGACCUGAGUGGCAGAGGUGGGCUGAAACCACGGCAACACGGAUCCAGGGACUGCUGGUGGAGCUGCAUGGGCGGCCAUGGCACACCAGAGUCCUGCACAUCGAGGCAGUGAAGUCCUACGCACCUCAUGUCCAUCACCUCGUGUUGGACCUCGAGUGCCGGCCAGCACUGCCCACGUAGCUGGGAAUGGGCCCUGUCGGGGCUCCAGCUCCCAUGGAAUGGUGCUGUCACAGCACCAGGA